AUGGCCAUCAAAAGCGAGGACAAUAUCGUGGCCGCCCCCACUCACGUCAUCGACCUCUCGCUCAAGCCAGAAGACCGCUACAAAGCCCUCGCGCAGACAUACAAGACCGAGCUUCGAGGUCUGACAGCUUUAUUCAAUAGCCUACUCAGCGACAUUGGCCUCUCCAGGCUCUAUCAUGGCCCGAUCAAUCUUCUCACCCGAUUACUCCUCCGAAGCCUAAACUCUGCUGUGGAGACGGCCGAACUUCGUGGGAUAGCUAAGGUAACCGGGGUCCCGAUGCAUCUGCUCGUCAGCUUCAAUGUAAUCUUGGAUUGUCUCAUGGGGUGCACCUCAGGCGCGGUCAAAGUCCUGGAAGCGGGUCGGCCCAAGUUACAAACCCGGAUGCUGCACUUCCGCACCCUGGACUGGUCAAUGGACCCCCUCCGAUCCAUCAUCGUCCAGCUGGAAUUUGUUCGAAGCAGGUCCGCAACGCCUGGCCGGAUUGUCGCUCGAAGCGUCACAUAUGUCGGUUUUGUUGGCAUCUUGACGGGGAUCUGUGAAGGUUUGAGCCUGUCUCUCAAUUUCCGGGGUGUACACAAUGCCGCGAGCAGGCGCGACCACGCGAAAUUUUACCUUCAUCAUCUGCUCGUUCUGCUUGGAUACCGUCAAUCAAUAUCAAGCAUUCUGAGAGAAUAUAUAAUAUCGGAGGAUCCAGAAGACGAUCAAACCAAGAGCCUCGAGGAAAUCUCGGAAGAGCUUGUGCCCCGGCACACCACUGCGGCGUACCUCCUCUUUUGCGACGGCUUGUCGACGAUGGUCAUUGAGAAGGAUUAUGAGACCGGCGUGGUCCGACGAUCCAAUACCUUUAUCGGUGUCACAAACCAUGAUGAAGAAGACUGCGGGUUAUCGACCGAAGCCACCCCUUUUACGGGUCAAGUCUCGGCCAAGUCUUCUGGAGUGAGAGCUGGAAUGGAAGCAAUUAUUGAGGAGAGCAGGGAUAGACUCGACGCUAUUGCGCUGAGAUGGAGAGCUUGUCUGCGAAAAGCGAAAAGAAAGUCGAAGAAAGAAGGGAAGGAUCCCGCCCAAGUCGAGCAGAAUCUCGCAGUCACAACGGACGAGGUGAUUGAAUGGGUGGCGUCGUAUCCAACGACGAACGAGCAGACUCAUUUUGCGACCAUCAUGGAUCCUCUCAGCGGGCAGGUGGUUUGGACACGGAUCUAUCCCGAGCCGAGUUGA